GAGCUACGCGGGUGGCCGAGGGAGCGCGAGGCGGUGCGGGAGAGCAGUGAGGAGGGCGCGUACGUGCGCAUGCUUCGGCCGCUGUUCCAGGAGCGGCCUGUGUGGUCGCGCAACUCGCUCAAGCACCUCCUGCAGACCCGCCACCGGCUGCUGCUGCCCAUCAAUGAUGGCAGCAUGAAGAGGGCGCUGCUGCGCUUUGCCUAUUACUUCUGCAACGGUCCCUUCCGCAUGCAGUGGAUUCGCAACGGCUAUGACCCGCGCACCAACCCCGACAACCGGAAAUACCAGAUGUUAGAUUUCCGUGUACCAGCCUCGUGGGGGCUGCGCAUCACGCCAGCCAUGGCGCGCACCACCACAUGGCCCGACAUCUGUGCGCUGCGCUCCCUGCCCAACCGCCGCACGCUCUUCCUCACACUCUGCGACCUCUCGCUGCCGCUCGUGCAAGAGACUCUCGCAGCGCCGCCUGAGAGGCAAACGUGUGAUCCCACGUCGGGGUUCUUCCACAAGCAGACGCUUGCGCGCAUGCGAGACGCUGUCCGCCUGGCGUUCUACCGCCUGCUGCCCAACCGCCACGAGCUCUCCCUCUUCUACCCCCGCGUGCGCAACACGCGCGGCUACUCCGUGCGCAAACCCGUCAAGCUGCCCCCCGGAGAGCUCAGCCUGCCCGAAGAAGACGCGUACCUGACCGGGGAGAGGAAAGGGAGCGUGUGGCGGAAGCCGGAGAGUGGGGGGGUGGUUGGACGGGAGGGAGGGGGGAAGGGAGGAAGGGAGGGAGGCGGAAAGGGAGGUGGGGAAGGGGGGAGAGGAGGGGAGGGGAAGGGAGUGGGGAAUGAGAGUGGGGGGGGAGAGGAAGGGCGUGCGAGAGGGGAACAGGGAGGCGAGAAGGAAACGGGAGAGGGAUUGGUAGGGCGAUGGGAGUCAGGAGAUGGGGAUGUUGGUGGGGAGGAGGGUGCAGGAGAUGGGGGUAGGCAUGGUGAUGUGGGAUGGGGGGCUGGGGGUGAUAGCUUCGGAAGCAAAGGCUAUGGAGAGGGGGAUGCAGAAGGGGGAGUGGAGAGGGAGAAUGGAGGGGAUGGGGAAGGAGGGAGGGAGGGUGUGGAAGGGGUGGGGCGGGGUGGGGAUGUGCAUGAGUGGGUGGAGCGAGAGGAGGAGAUGCAGGAGGAGGAUACAGAAGGGGGGCCUCUUUUGGCGAUGUAUGGGGGGGAUGUGGGGGAGGAGGAUAGGGGGGAGGAGGGAGAGGAGGGCAGGGAGGACGGGAGAGAGGAGGAUAGGGAGGAGGAUAGAGAAAAAAGUAGAGAGGGAGAGGAAAGAGGGGGUUUGUUUAUAGAUGAUGGUGAAGGAGAGGGUGCCACAAUGGGGGACGAUGUGUGGGCAAUGGGUGAGGAGGAAGGAGGGGAUGGAGAGGGAGGAGGGAGAGGAGGUGGGCAAGGAGGGGAAGGAGAGGAAAGAGGGGAAGAGGAGGACGAGGAGGAAGAGGAGAAUGAGAUGGUGAUGGGGGAAGAGGAGGAUGAUGGGGGGUACAGUGGAAGGCAAGCAGAUGAGACCACCCAAACAGAGGAAAGAGACUUCACCACCGCACCACACCCAUCUCAACCGUCACUCGCAGAGCCUACAGUUUCUCUGGGGCAAAUAAUAGCUGGUGCUGCGCUUCAGGGAGCGUUGGGGGCAUUGGGGGGGCUGGGUGGGUUGGUGGGAUUGCAGGAAGAUGGGACGCAGGAGGACGGUGGUGGAAAGGAGAACACGGGUAUGUUUGCAUUCUAUGGGGACGAGGAGGAUGAGGAUGAAGAUGACCGGCAGGACGAUCGGCGAGUCGUUCGUAUUCGAGCGGAUAACAGGUGGGGAGCAGCAGGCAUGGGGCAGCAGCACGACUACCAGUACAAGCACUUUAAAGCCACGGUGCCGGAGCGCCAGAUCUCCGUCGGCGUCGGGAACCAACUGCGCUGGCGCUACUACGACUUCGGGCCCAAGGCGAUCCCGCCGCUGCUGUGUCUGGGCGGCGUGGCGGCGACCGCGGACGCCUUCCACAAGCAGGUGCUGGCGCUCGCCGCCAAGGGCUUCCGCGUGAUCGCCGCGGACCCUCCGCCCGUGUGGUCGCACCAACAGUGGAUUAAAGCCGUCGACCAGUUUCUAGACGCGCUUCGGGUGCACCAGGUGCAUCUAUACGGCACGUCCCUGGGCGGGUUUCUGUUCCAGCUGUACGCGCAGCAGCGGCCGCGGCGGGUGCUGUCACUCGUGCUCUCCAACUCGUUCUUCGACACGCACUUCUUCAACGUCGCCUUUGGCUCCUGGUCCUCCAUGUUCCCCUAUUCCCCUGACUUUGUGCUGAAGCGGCUGGUGCUCUCAGGCCUGAGGGACGGCCCACACGAGCCACUCAUAGCGGACUCCAUCGACUUUGUUGUCUCGCGCCUGGACUCGCUCUCCCGCUCCGAGCUCGCCUCGCGCCUCACACUCAACACGCUGCCCGCCGUGCUGCCGCCGCUGCAGCAGAUGCCGGAGCAGAGCAUGACGCUCAUGGACUGCAAUGACUUUGCUGCUGUCGCUUGGCAACUCCGGGACGCGCUGUACACGCGCUACCCCAACGCCACGCGUGCGUUUCUCAAGAGCGGAGGCGACUUCCCUUUCCUCUCACGAGCUGAUGAAGUCAACCUGCACCUCUUCCUGCACCUCCGCCGAGUGGACGCAGAGAGAGAACCCGGCCAUACCGACAUUCUCGCCCCUACCGUUCCUGUGGCUCCUGUGGCUCCUGUGGCUCCUACUGUCCUUCCUCCGGCUGGUGAUGCUUCUUCUGCUCUUGCUGACUCGCACGCUCAUGCGCUUGCUGCUCCUGCGGGUUCUUCUGCUGGGGCUGGUGAUUCUGCAGCGUCGUCUUUCACCUCUGCUGCUUCUGUCUUCUCCUCCACAGCAGCAGGAUUGGGAGGAGGAGGCGUAGGGGAAGCGGUGAGAGGGGUGAGUGGCAGCAGCAGUGAUAUAACUGCGGGGGAGGAUGAUGGGGAGGAGGCAACGAGUGCAGCACCGCAGGUACUGGAAGGGGCGGAAGGGGAGGUGCUUUCUAGGGAAGCCCGCUGGGCUGAGUUCGUUGGGUUGGAGGAGGCGUUGGGGAUGGUGAGGGAGAGCGGCGGUUGGCUGUAG